CAGAUUCCAGCCCUGGUUCUCACCACUGCCGGCCUGGGUGUUGUCUGUCUGUCCUGGGGUGGGGGGAUGGGGCUCACUCCAGGAGCCCCUGGUUGUGGCCCAGAUUCCAGUACCUCCUCCAUCCUUCUUCCUCUCCCCAGGUCAGGUUCCUCUGGAGAGAGAGAGAGGCAGAGGCGGCUGGUUCCCAGAUGUUAUAGACCCCGUGGACACCAUGUUGGAAGCCAGACUCCAAAGCCAGCAGAGAAGCAGCCAGCAUGGUCGGGAGGCCAGCCUGUGGUCCUCAGGUUUGGGGAUGAAGCUGGAGGCUGUCACCCCUUUCUUGGGGAAAUACCGCCCCUUUGUGGGUCGCUGCUGCCAGACCUGCACCCCCAAGAGCUGGGAGUCCCUCUUCCACAGAAGCAUAAUGGAUCUAGGCUUCUGCAGUGUGAUCCAGGUGAAGGAAGAGAACACCAGGUUUCGGGGCUGGCUGGUUCGGAGGCUCUGCUAUUUCUUGUGGUCCCUGGAGCAGCACAUACCCCCCUGCCAGGAUGCCCCACAGAAGGUCGUGGAAAGCACUGGGGUUCAGAAUGUCAUCCUAGGGAGGGCCCCAGGAGGGGCUGGGGAAGGCCAGGUGCCCAGCCACGUGAAGAGAGAGGUACAGCGCAUCUUGGGCCACAUCCAGGCCCCACCCCGCCCCUUCCUGCUCAGGCUGGUCAGCUGGGCACUGCUCCGGAUCCUGAACUGCCUCUUCCUGAACGUACAGCUGCACAAGGGCCAGAUGAAGAUGGUCCACAAGGCCGCCCAGGCAGGCUCGCCGCUCGUCCUCCUCUCUACCCACAAGUCACUUCUGGAUGGGAUCCUACUGCCCUUUGUGCUGCUCUCCCAGGGCCUGGGCGUGCUCCGUGUGGCUUGGGAUCCCCGCACCUGUUCCCCCAUCCUCAGAGCUCUGCUGAAGAAACUUGGGGGACUUUUCCUGCCCCCAGAGGCCAACCUCUCCCUGGACAGCUCUGAGGGGGUCCUUGCAAGGGCUGUAGUCCAUGCGGCUGUGGAGCAGCUGCUGGUCAGCGGGCAGCCCCUGCUCAUCUUCCUGGAGGAGCCGCCUGGGGCUCAAGGGCCUCGGCUGUCAGCCCUGGGUCAGACGUGGCUGGGACUGGUGGUGCAGGCGGUCCAGGUGGGCAUCGUCCCAGAUGCUAUGCUGGUGCCAGUGGCCAUCACCUACGACCUGGUUCCAGAUGCACCCCGUGACACAUACCACGCCUCGGCCCCUCUGGGGCUGUGGACCGGAGCUCUGGCUGUCCUGUGGAGCCUGCGAGGCUGGGGCUGCAGCCGCCGAGCCUGCGUCCGUGUGCAUCUGGCCCAGCCCUUCUCCCUGCAUGAAUACACCGUCAACGCCAGAAGCUGCUGGGGCAGCAGGCAGACCCUGGAGCAGCUGCUGCAGCCCAUCGUGCUGGGCCAGUGUACUGUCGUCCCCGACACUGAGAAGGUGCAGGAGUGGACCCCAGUAACCGGGCCCCUUCUGGCCCUGAAGGAAGAGGACCAGCUGUUGGUCAGGAGGCUGAGCUGUCACGUCCUGAAUGCCUGCGUGGCGAGCUCGGCGGUGAUGAGCACGGCCAUCAUGGCAACGCUGCUGCUGUUCAAGCACCAGAAGGGCGUGUGCCUGUCACAUCUCCUGGGGGAGUUCUCCUGGCUGACAGAGGAGACGCUGCUGCGUGGCUUUGACGUGGGCUUCUCAGGGCAGCUGCAGUGCCUGGUGCAGCACACGCUGAGCCUGCUGCGGCCGCACGUGGCCCUGCUGCGCGUCCAGCAGGGGGACUUGCUGGUGGUUCUGCGGCCCGGCCCAGGCCUCGCGCACCUGGCACGCCUGAGCUCCGAGAUGCUGCCCGCCUUCCUGAGCGAGGCCGUGGGUGCCUGUGCCGUGUGGGGGCUGCUGGUGGGCAGGGUGCUGCCUGAGGGACCCUGGGAGCUGCAGGGCAUCGAGCUGCUGAGCCAGAACCAGCUGUACCACCAGAUCCUGCUGCUGAUGCACUUGCUGCCGCAGGAGCUGCUGCUGCUGCAGCCCUGCCAGUCUUCCUACUGCUACUGUCAGGAGGUGCUGGACCGCCUCAUCCAGUGUGGGCUCCUAGUUGCCGAGGAGACCCCAGGCUCCCGGCCAGCCUGCGACACCGGGCGGCGGCGUUUGAGUGCGAAACUGCUGUGGAAACCAAGUGGGGACUUUACCGACAGUGACAGCGACGACUUCGAGGAGGCUGAGGGCCGGUACUUCAGGCUCAGCCAGCAGUCACGCUGCCCUGACUUCUUCCUCUUCCUCUGCCGCCUGCUCAGCCCGCUGCUCAAGGCUUUUGCGCAGGCUGCCACCUUCCUCCACCGGGGCCAGCUGCCAGAUACUGAGUCGGGCUACGCGGAGCAGCUGUUGCGGUUCUUAGAGGCCACCGCCCAGGAGGAAGGGUUCUUCGAGUGUGUGGACCCAAAUCUCGCCAUCAGUGCCGUCUGGACCUUCAGAGACCUGGGGGUGCUGCAGCAGAUGCCCAGCCCUGCAGGCCCCAUGCUCCACCUGUCCCCCACCUUUGCCAGCCGGGACAAUCAGGAAAAGCUGGAACGGUUCAUCCGGCAGUUCAUCUGUAACUAGAACUAGGAGGGGUCAGCGUUGAGACCUCCCAGCCCCAGAGCACAGCUGUGCCCUGGAGCCAGAAGGCUGGCCUGGGAGGAGCUGCAAACCCUCAGCUGGACUAUAACAUCUUUGAGGUCUGACUGCCCCUCGCCAU